AGUACAUCUCGUCUCCGGUUACCCAUGGGAAUCUUUUUGCAACCGGACUACAAAGGCCACCCCGACCUUCUCGGACCUUGCUUUUCCUUCCUGAUCGAACAUCCAAACCGAAAGCCCAUCCUCUUCGACCUCGGUGUCCGCAAGGACUGGGACGUCCUACCUUCAGCCCCCAAAUGGAAGGAACUUGGCUGGACGAUUGAGGUCGAGAAAGACGUCGCCACCAUUCUGACCGAGAACGGUAUCGAUGUCAAAGGCGGUGCGAUCGAGACCAUCAUCUGGUCCCACCAUCACUGGGAUCAUGUUGGAGAUGCAUCGACCUUCCCGGGGUCUACAGGAUUGGUUGUUGGACCAGGUUUCAUGGAAGCGCAUACACCUGGCUACCCCAAGCGGAAAGAUUCGACCCUGAUGGAGACAGACUUUGAAGGCCGCAAUGUUCGCGAGAUCAACUUUGAAAAAGAAGGCACCGGUUCGAAGAUCGGCCGCUAUAAUGCCGUUGACUACUUCGGCGACGGCAGCUUUUACCUGUUAGACACACCCGGUCACAGCGUUGGUCACAUGUGCGGCCUUGCUCGCACAACCGCUGAUCCUCCGACCUUCAUCUUCAUGGGCGGCGACGCCUCACAUCACGGUGGCGAGUUCAGGCCGACCGAGUACACGCCGCUCCCAAAAGAGCUGACGCCCGCUCCGCCUCGUCGACGCGGCCAGGGAAUCUGUCCCGGCCAUCUUCUGGAGCAGGUCAACCCGCAUGGGUCCUCGACUCGUCCAUUCUACUACGUCACCAGCAUGCUCAGUCAUGACAAAGAGGUAGCGGACUGGACAAUCGACGGACUGGGCGAGUUUGAUGCGCAUGAGAAUGUUCUGCUGCUGCUCGCGCAUGACGAUGCUGUUGUGGAUCCGGCGCAGUUUGAUUUCUAUCCGAAACCACUGAAUGAUUGGCACGAGAAGGGGAUUGGGAAGAAAGUGAAGUGGUUGUUUCUGGGUGAUUUCGAGCAGGCGGCGAAGGCGAAGGAGAGGGGUGAGGACGCUUUUACUUGGGGCAAGUAUCCAUAACUCUAUUGGUCAUAAUAACGAUUUCUGAGGACAUGCCCCAAAUUCAAUGUGCAUUCGUGAAUUGUGAUACGUUGAACGCACCUGCGGCGCGAUAGAUCAGGUUCAUGUACCUGCCGUGUGAAUGGUUGGAAAAGCUAAAAGCCUGUGCGCAGGCAACAUUGCUCUGAACGC